AUGCCGUCCCCGCUGCUGCUGCUCCUGUCGCCGCCGCCGCCGCUCCCGUCGCUGCUGCUGCACCCGACGCCGCUGCUGCUGCUCCCGUCGCCGUUGUCGCUCCCGAUGCUGUUGCUCCCCUCGACGACGACAGAGAAAAUUACAGACCAAGAGGUAGAAGGGCAGGAGCACGCGUGCACCAGGAACGGUUCAUGCACUUUCUGUACCGACUCUCGUCGGCUCAUUACUAUUGGGAUAGAGGACGAGGAAGAAGAGGACGAGGAGGAAGAAGAAGAGGAAGAGGAAGAGGAAGAGGAGGAGAAUUGGAAAAUAAAAAGUGAUAUGUGCAACUCUUACAUUUACUUAAUUACAUAAGUUUAUUUAUUUCAGUUCAUUGUAAAUCAUAAAAAGUCAAAAAAUAAAGUUCUUUUCGGU